CAGAAGGGAGUGGCUCGAUGUUUUGCAAAAAUGACCGCCAUAUCAUCAUGUACAUGUGUUGAAAGAUCCUCUCCUUUCUCUCCAUCUUCACUCACUUAUCCAGAAUGGCGACACGGUACAGACAAUACAGAGGGAUUUGCUAGAGAUGGGUUUGUGGUUGUAAGAGGAUUAUUCUCGCAAGAAGAGGUGGAGGAGACCAAACAACAGAUCAGCAGAAUCAUUAGUGACUGGUAUGAGAGGUUCAGAACCUCUGGGACUGAAGGAUUAGAACAUGAAGAAGUAGUAAACAGGUUGCCUUCAGUAAAAAGUGGUGAGUCUUCCUCUAUUGAUCCUGAGCUAGAGGUUAGGAAGUUGUACAGGAUAGCUGCUCAUUUCGAGUUCUUUGCCAAGCAGUGCUGUCAUUCAAGGAUUGUUAGUAUUAUAAACCUGUUACUGGGCAAUGAUAUCAAACUGCUUCAGUCCAUGGCACUACUUAAACCUCCAGGAUCAGGUGAGAAGAGGUGGCAUCAAGACAAUGCAUACUUUAGAUUGGCUCCAUCAAGUGUAAUAGGUUGUUGGAUAGCACUUGAUCCAGCCUCAUGUGCCAAUGGAUGUAUGCAUGUUCUUCCUUCGUCUCAUGGCACUGGUUUGUUUGAACAUGGUGUACCUAAUGAUGAGUCUGAUGCUAGUUUCAUUGAGUAUGGGAUGUCACAGUAUCCUAAACCAGAAGAGGUAAUCCCAGUUAUACUAGAGCCAGGAGAUGCUUUGAUAUUUCAUGGAGAGCUUGCUCACUAUACACCACCUAAUGUCUCGCAGCUGAGGAGGAGAUCAGUACAGUAUCAUUAUGCUGCUAGCUGUUGCAAGUUUAUAAAGUGUCCAAGAGAUGAAGAGAUUAUAAGGACAUCCACAAUGAAGGAACAGCCAGAGACUAAACCACAUUACUUUGAUUGUGAUCCUAGCUGUCAUGAAGCCACUUAUUUUCAUUACAGAAAAGCUGAGGUACUGGUUAGUGGCAGAGAGUAUGGAAAUGACUAUAUUUGAUCUCUGUGCUACAAUCUUUAAUUUUAUAUUGUGUAUUAUAUAAUUUUAUAACUACACUACAUGUAUACAUGUACAUUGUACCUAUUAUGCUAUAUCUAAUAUUGUCAAAUUGAUACCAUUUUAACUAUUGUUUAUUUAAUUUUAAUUUAUUCUAUU